ACCGAUGAAUUGACGAUGUCAAUAUGAUCGGUGAGAAGUAUUCUAAAGUUUGCAAUUUUAAUAGCCCACGGGGCAUGAACUUGCAAUGAAGAACGGAUACCCCCGAUAGUCAAAUGGCACAUCCCAGUUUCAAGAUGGCGGUCGUCGACUGCUAGGGUGUGCGUGAAACUCACGUAAGGUGUAACGUCGCAUGUCGAAGGUAACGUUUCUCAUCAACGUGGCAUUAUUCUCCAGGAUGGCUGCCCACGAGUUCUACAAACUCACCCCGAUCAAGUUAGGAGCAGAAGCCCGGGGUAUCGACUUGAAAGAAAACAUCCCUGCAGAAGUCAUUGAACAGAUCAAGAAGGACGUCACGAAACAUCGCAUCCUGGUGUUUAAGGACCAGGGGACCGUCAGCGGCGACCGCCAUGUGGAAAUCAGCCGCUGGUUUGGAGAACUGGAGUCCACGUUCUACAAACAUCCGAAGUCGCCGCAUCCUGACGUGUUUCGCGUGUCGAAUGAUGAGGCAGAAGGGUGUACCGGGGUGGGGCGGACAGGCUGGCACAUCGACGGCAGUUUCCAGCCUGCACCGUUUGGCUACUCUCUGUAUCACAUGGUGGCCGUGCCCAAGCAGGGAAACACAGUGUUUGCCCCGCUGAAUGAGGUGAUUUCCGGACUAACAGAGGAACAGCGUUGGCGCUGGGAGCAGCUCUGGAUGGUCAGCGACCGCAGAAGUGGACCUGUCCACCCCCUGAUCUACAGCCACCCACUAACAGGAUUAAAGACGCUGUGUUUUCACCUUGGAAUGACAGAGUCCUUUCUUGUUGGCCUGCCGCAUGCUGAGAAGAGAAGAACAGACUGGAAGGAAACCAGUCAGCUUUUGAGGGAAAUCCACCACGAGUUUGUCAAGAACAAUAAUGCAGUUCAGUACUCUCACAAGUGGCAGGUUGGAGAUUUCAUCAUCUCAGACAACCUGGCGGUGGGCCAUGAAGCCAGCCCCCAGACACAGCUUCCUGUGGACCAGGUGGGGCUGAGAGUUCUGCACAGAACAACAGUCAAGGGCACAGUUCCACCCAGGAAGAACUACACCAUAGAACCACCUGCUCAACAUGGGGAACUAUAGAUCUACAAACUGUACAUGGACAGUUCUGGGAAUCUAAGUGAUUUAAGUAUUCUAGCUGGACAUGUAGAGUUACAUAGAACACUAUUUAAUGUCUAGGAAAAAGCUACACAUAGAACCAUAAAGAAUUAUGAACUGUAAAAUGAAACAGAAUAACAAUCAUGGGGACAGAGCUUCAGUAUAGUAUACAAGAACCAGUGUAGAACCAGUGUACAUUAGCCCUAAUUAAAUGCUUUUUGAGUCAUGAAAGAUGCAAGAUCAACAAUGUAAAUCAGUUUGGAUUUUAUUAUUUUUUUUACAAAUUCAAUGCUGCUAGUGAAUUGUGUGAAAUUGUUUAGAUAACUACUUUGACGAUGAAAUUUGCAAUUUAUGCAAACUGAAAGCUUUUAAUUACUGUUAAAUGCAUUACCUUUGACAAGAAGGUUUGUAUUUUCUGUGCCGUUUGUGUUUGUUUCUGUACAGAAUAACAGUAGAUAUUAAGUAAUGAUAGAUCUACUGGUAUUUGAUAUGUGAGUAGAAAUUUUGUAGUCAAAAUAAAGAGCUGAAUUAUAGAAACGUAUUCUAAAUUCAAACUUGACAUUAGUUGUAGUCUGUUAAUUUUUCAACUGGUGUAU